AUGGACUCAAAGGCUGAUGAGAAAGGUGCUGUGGACCACGGCACUGAGAUUCACGAUGCUCAUGUAGCCGUGCAGGUCGCGCAUGAUGUUCAGACUCAGAAGCUGUCGCCAUGGACCCCUACCAUGUUUCGUCUGUAUCUCGUCUUGGCUUGCGCUUACCUCUGCGGCUGUCUGAACGGAUAUGAUGGCUCUGUUAUGGGAGGUAUCAAUGGUAUGAAGGCGUAUCAGCACUACUUCAAUAUGUCCCAGGAAGGUUCAUCGACCGGUAUCGUCUUCGCCAUGUACAACAUCGGUUCCAUCGCCGCCGUCUUCUUCACAGCCCCCGUAAACGACAUGUUCGGCCGUCGCUGGGGCAUGUUCACCGGAGCCGCAGUCGUCAUCAUCGGUACCUGCGUCCAAGCCACAUCCAUGGGCCGAAGCCAAUUCCUGGGCGGUCGCUUCAUUCUUGGCUUCGGUGUCAGCUUCUGCUGUGUUUCUGCACCUUGCUACGUUAGUGAGAUGGCCCAUCCCACAUGGCGCGGAACCAUUACCGGUCUAUACAACUGUACUUGGUACAUCGGCAGUAUCAUCGCUAGUUGGGUUGUCUACGGAUGCAGCUACCUCGGUGAGGAAAGCUCUAUCGCCUGGCGAAUUCCUAUCUGGUGUCAAAUGGUUACGUCUGGUAUUGUUGUUUGCUGCGUCAUGUUCCUCCCUGAGUCUCCCCGAUGGCUCAUUGCUCAAGAUCGUGUUGAGGAUGCUGCCAAGGUCCUUGCUACGUACCAUGGUGAAGGAGACCCGAACCAUCCCAUGGUCAUUCUGCAGAUCAAGGAGAUGACGAAUCAGAUUGCUGCUGAUGCUACUGACAAGUCUUGGUGGGAUUACCGUGGACUCUGGAACACUCACAGUGCGCGUCGUCGACUUAUCGGUGUUUUGGGUAUGGCUGUCUUUGGACAGAUCAGCGGUAACAGUCUGAGCUCUUACUAUCUCCCCGUUAUGAUGAAAAACGCCGGAAUUGUCGAAGAAAAGAAGGUCCUGGCUCUCAACGGCAUCAACCCUAUCCUCUGCUUCUUCGGCGCCAUCCUCGGUGCUCGUAUGACUGAUGUCGUUGGCCGUCGUCCCCUGCUGAUCUACUCCAUCAUCUUCUGCUCGUGCUGUUUCGCCGUCAUCACUGGAACCAGCAAGCUUUCUCUCGAUGAUCGUUCCAACGACUCCGCCGCCAACGCCACAGUCGCCAUGAUCUUCAUCUUCGGAAUCGUCUUCUCCUUCGGUUGGACUCCUCUUCAAUCCGCCUACAUCGCCGAAUGUCUGUCCACCGACAUCCGAGCCAAGGGUACUGCUGUCGGUAACUUGGCUAGUUCCGUUGCCUCGACUAUUAUCCAGUACAGCAGUGGUCCAGCUUUUGAGAAGAUCGGAUACCACUUUUACCUUGUGUUUGUCUUUUGGGAUUUGUUCGAGGCAGUCAUCAUCUACUUCUUCUUCCCUGAGACCAAGGAUCGUACUUUGGAGGAGUUGUCGGAGGUGUUUGAGGCUCCUAACCCUGUUAAGAAGAGUCUGCAGAAGAGAGAUGCGCAGACUGUCAUGAACACUAUGAACGUGGCGGGCGAUGAGAAACUUGCAACUGUCUGA